GAUCGCGCGCGACGACGGGAUCAGCGGACGAUGCCGCGUGAGCCGCGCUGCUGGAAAAUGACUACCGGUCGGCGGCUGGUGCGCGUUCUCUGCGCGCUGCUGCUCUGCCUGUCGCUGCGGCCGGACUACGCGCACUCCACCCACAUCACCGGCACCUUCGACACGCGGGAGUUCUUCCGGUUCCUCAUCAAGUUCGGCUUCCAGAAGACCGACCGUCACCGGCAGAAGGACUCGUACGGCUACAUAUUCGGCAACGUGACCGCGCGAGCGGACUUCGACGUGCCGAUCACCCUGGCGAUACUCGACCGCGGCCACUUCCUCGAGUAUUACGGCAAUCGCACGCUGACGGACAAGAGCGCCGCGUGCGCCUACAUGUUCAACACGCUGAAGAAGAGUUCCUACGAUCCGGACUGCAACGAGGAGGGCCAAGACUUCCUCAGGCGAGUUCCGUGUCCUCGAGACAAAUUGUGCCCAGACGAGGAUUCUAUAUGGAAUAUCGUCAAGGGACAUCAGUUUACGUACGUUAUACAAGACUUCUGGCAACCACGAUUCUGGUACAUGAGUUUGGUCGCUUGCUAUAGAAACAAGACGACCUGCCAGUGGGAGUACUAUAGCAAGCACGACGAGUUGGAGUACGACAUCUGGCUGGUAAAUGGCAAUCCGAACGUCAGUGGCCUAAACAGUUUGACUUAUCAGUUCUCGUACGACAGACAAAAUACCAUCGAACUGUACUUACUGUUUUUCGUGUGUUACAUCAUACUGGUGCCACUGCAGUUGUAUGCAGUAAGAUUGCAAAAGCAUCCUGUAACAAGAUUGUUCACUGCUAGUUUAUUAUUAGAAUUUGUAGCAGUAUGUUUAAUCUUGAUACACGUGUUGAAAUUUGCACUAGACGGAGUAGGCUAUGAGCAAUUAGAAGUUGCAGGUGAUAUUUUUGAUAUUCUAUCACGGACGUCCUUUAUGUUAUUGUUGCUCCUACUUGCCAAAGGAUGGGCGGUAACAAGAAUGGAAUUAACAUGGAAACCACUGGUGUUUGCGAUAUGGUUUUGUUAUGGGGUUGUUCACAUCUUAUUAUAUGUGUGGAAUAUGACAGAAGUUGACAUUAUCGAAGAUAUAGAUGAAUAUCAAACUUGGCCAGGAUGGUUUAUAUUGUUAUUCCGAAGUGCCAUAAUGAUAUGGUUUCUAUAUGAACUCCGAAACACCAUGACAUACGAGCAUAAUACUCAAAAGUUAAACUUUCUCCUUCACUUUGGUGCAUCGUCAUUAGUUUGGUUCAUAUAUUUACCCAUUAUAGCACUUAUAGCGCUUCAAAUAAGCGCAUUGUGGAGGUUUAAGCUGUUAUUAGGUAUAACGUACUCAGCAGACUGUUUCGCAUAUUGUGUAAUGGCUCAUUUAUUAUGGCCCACCAGAAGCGAACAAUAUUUUUUACUCGCGCAAGGCGCGGAUAAUGGUGAUGAGCUCGAUGAAUUCAACGAAGCGCCGCAUGUAUUAAAUAAUUAUGUAGAGCCGCCGGAACUUGGUAAAAUAAUUACUUAAUAUUCGUCCACUGGAAGUAUAAUAUUGAAUUAACGACAUUUUUAAUUACAAGUGAUGUGAUGUACAUUUGCCAAACGGUCGAUCAUAGAAUUGAUAAUACUCUGAUAUGUGCUACUGAACUGAAAUAUUGUGCACAUUCUAUAAUUAGGGAUAUAUCAAUUGUCAAAUUCAAUCGUGUGAUAUGAAAUUAACAGACGAUAUGCAACGGAAGUAAAUGAAUAUGAUAUGAGUAUAUACUAUGAAUAAAUAUAAUUUUUAAUUUUAUCAGCAAUAAUUAUAUCAACAUUCAACAAUAAUAAGUGGAAAUGGAUCGAUAAGAGAUUAAUUAUAUCAGUAAUUUUAUAUGUACAAGUCAUACAAAUCAUACAAAUAUUAAAUAUUUAUCCAUUCGCACAGAAUAACAUGCAUCUUGAUAUCAUUGGUACAUAUUCUUACGUAUUACUAAUAUUACAACAAGGGACUCGUAUAAUUAUAUGCUAAGAUAUAAAAAUUAUGUAUAUAAAUAUAUAUAAUUUUUAAAAUUUUUAUUUUUCGAACUCGAUUUUACUUACUCAUAUCAUAUUCAUAUGUUUCGAAUUUAAAAUAAUCCUGUUUUUGUUUAUUUCAAAUCAUUUUAUACAUUUUGAUUUUAUAAAAAAAUAUCUUUAAAAAACCUUCAUGUAGUGUAUAUGUGAAGAAAAUUUCUUAAAGUAUAUACAUUUUUGAUGCUAUCAUUUAAUUCGCCAUUACAUCUUGUAAUUACUCCACGUCUACUCCACACAAAGAAUAUUACAAUGCGCGCUUGAAUAAGAAUGGUGAAAAUAAAAUACUUAUAUAACUUUCAUAACACACAAUUUGAUUCUAGUUAGUGGUUUAAAAAAUUAGGUUUGUGAUAACUGCACAUAUAAAGUCAUACUGAUUUAAUACUUAGCAGACUUAUAAUUAGCAAGAAUACAGAAUGUUCCAAAAUUAUCAGAUAUUUUUUUAAUUAUACAUUUUUUGAUGAAUUCUCAUUAGAACACCAAUAACUUUUGAACAAUUAGCGAUAAAAAAAAAGUUAAUUUCUAUCAAAUUCUAAUAGAGAAUUUGAAAGUUAAUUAGAAAAUACAGAGUUAGAAAUUAAUAGAAUACAUUAAUUGACGAUCUUCAACAGCAAAAAAAUAUUUAAAAAUUGGAUAAAAAAAACUUAUAAUUAAAAAGAACAGUAUUUUUGGUACAUUUUGUAUGAAAACAUUUUUGUAUCUUGUUCUUAAUUUUAGAAGAUUUAAUCUUUUAAAGUGUGCAAUUUUAACUAUUCGCAAUCUAAACUAUAUUAAAUCUGUUUGUUAUUAGAUAGACAAUGUAUAUUAUGAUACGUUUUGUAUGAAAACAUUUUCAUAUCUUGUUCUUAAUUUUAUAAAAAGAUUUAAUCUUUCAAAGUGUGCAAUCUUAAACUUAUCAUUAAUUCAGUUUGUUAUUACGUAGACAAUGUAUAUUAUAAAUAAUGAUCACGUACACAACAUAGAAAGUGAAAGUAUAUAACAUUUUUCCGAUUUUAUUCAAUUGAAUUCACAUGUCAGUUGCACAUCGUUGAAUAAAUAUAAAAACUUAAAAAAAAAAUUGAAACAGGAUCUGA